CUCCUCCCCAAUCUCCGCCCUCUCGUAUAUAAGAGAGACUGGGGCAGCGAGGUGGAGGUUCAUAAGGCCAUACGUUGUGCUGGCCUUAUCGACUCCCUUCCCUGCUUCAUUCCUGCCUGGACUUUGCAUUUUCCUCUCUUCACUAUCUCCUCUUUCCUCUCCGGACGAACGAGAGAGGGAGAGGAAGAAGUUUGGCGGUGUCUGUGAAGAGAGUGUUGGUUUCUCAACUGUUUUGUCUUGGAAAGCAUAGUUUGGAGUUCACUGUCGGGGGUUCAGGAAAAUGGCGUCCAUUCUUGGAGUCUCCUCUCUCUACCAGACAGUUUCUCUGGACCAUUCGCGCAGGGGCUCCUCCCCCUUCCCGUCGUUGAACUCCGGGGACAAGCCGCAGCUUUCUGCGCUGUCGUCCGCGAGGAGCUUGAGCCGGGAAGCUGCGGCGAAGGGGUCUUGCGGCCGUCGGCUGCGAUUGAGCUGUGUCUGCUCCGCUAUAGCUACUCCCAACUCGGUGCUGAGCGAGGAGGCGUUCAAGGGGCUUCGGGGGUUGUCGAGCCGGGAGCUCGACGUAGAGAACGAGUUUGGGUUCGAGAGUGGCGGAGAAGGUGGAGAGGACGACCUUGCUAUUGCUAAUUUGGAACUGCCGGAGCAGCUUGUCGAGUCGCUUGAGAAGCGAGGGAUUACCCACCUUUUCCCUAUUCAGAGAGCUGUCCUAGUUCCUGCUCUAGAGGGACGUGACAUUAUCGCCCGUGCCAAAACUGGAACUGGCAAAACACUGGCAUUUGGUAUCCCAAUCAUUAAGAGGUUGACUGCAGGCGAGGAAGGAAAUAUGAUUACAAGGCGAUCAGGACGCCUUCCUCGAGCUCUGGUUUUAGCACCAACAAGGGAGUUGGCGAGACAAGUAGAAAAGGAAAUACAAGAAUCAGCACCCUAUCUUAAAACUGUGUGUGUUUAUGGUGGAGUUUCUUAUAAUGUUCAACAAAAUGCUCUUACCCGUGGUGUUGAUGUGGUGGUGGGAACCCCAGGUCGCCUAAUUGAUCUUAUAAACAGUGGCAGUCUCCAACUCGGAGAAGUUAAGUAUUUGGUUCUUGAUGAAGCUGACCAAAUGCUUGCUGUUGGAUUUGAGGAGGACGUGGAAGUUAUAUUAGAGAAGCUUCCAACUGAGAGGCAGAGCAUGCUUUUCUCAGCAACAAUGCCUGGAUGGGUGAAGAAACUGUCGAGGAAAUUUUUGAGUAAUCCUCUAACAAUUGAUUUGGUCGGUGAUCAGGAAGAGAAGCUAGCUGAAGGCAUCAAACUUUAUGCGGUUCCAACAACUGCUACCUCAAAGCGUACAAUCCUUGGGGAUAUGAUUACGGUAUAUGCAAAAGGUGGAAAAACCAUUGUUUUCACUCAAACAAAACGAGAUGCUGAUGAGGUAUCAACAGUAUUGGCAAAUAGUAUAUCUUCGGAAUCAUUGCAUGGGGAUAUAUCCCAGUAUCAACGCGAAAGAACAUUGAAUGGUUUUCGCCAAGGAAAAUUUUCUGUCCUUGUUGCAACAGAUGUUGCUGCUCGAGGCCUUGACAUUCCCAAUGUUGAUUUGAUUAUUCACUAUGAACUACCAAAUGAUCCAGAAACUUUUGUCCAUCGUUCUGGCCGCACAGGACGGGCUGGAAAAGAAGGCACUGCAAUCUUAAUGUUUACUAGCAGCCAAAGAAGAACUGUUAAAUCUCUCGAACGGGAUGUAGGCUGUAGAUUUGAAUAUAUUAGCCCACCUCAAAUACAAGAGGUCUUGGAAGCCUCAGCGGAGCAAGUUGUUUCUACACUGAAGGAGGUUCAUCCUGAAUCAAUAGAUUUUUUCCUCCCAACAGCCCAGCGGUUGGCAGAAGAACAAGGACCUAAUGCUCUUGCUGCUGCUUUAGCACACAUGAGUGGAUUCUCACGGCCUCCCUCUUCUCGUUCGCUUAUUAACCACGAGCAGGGGUGGAUAACGUUACAGUUGACUCGUGAGCCUGGGUUCUCAAGAGGGUACUUGUCUGCAAGAUCUGUCACUGGGUUUCUCUCUGAUGUUUAUUCUGCUGCUGCAGAUGAAGUUGGGAAAAUUUACUUAGUUGCAGAUGAGAGGGUUCAAGCUGCAGUUUUUGAUUUGCCUGAAGAGAUUGCCAAACAGCUUCUGGAAAAGCAGAUACCACCAGGAAAUACCUUAACAAAAAUCACAAAGUUGCCACCCUUGCAAGAUGAUGCCCCUGCAAGAGAUAACUAUGGUAGGUUUUCCAACCGGGACAGAGGUUCCCGAGGGGGAUUCACCAGGGGCUCAAAGGGUCCUCAGAGACGUGGUGGUUGGUCUGAUGAUGAGGACAACUUCCGUCGAGGUGGCCAAAGUUAUAGAACAGGGAAGAGCUGGUCUCCGGGUUCAAGAAGCAGGGAAGAUGAUGAUUGGCUUAUCAGUGGAAAGCGAUCAAGCAGGUCCUCUGACAGAAGCUUUGGUGGUGCAUGUUUUGUCUGCGGCCGAUCAGGACACAGGGCAGCAGAUUGCCCCAACAAACAGAGAUACUAGUUACAAGAUUCCACUGCUUUAAUAGGGUAUGUGAUGCCCACUGGUGUGAAAAUGAUACCCAGGCUUGGCUAGUGACAGAGCGACCGAAUGAUUUGUGAAGUUCCCUGCCCCAUCAGUGCUCGGCAGAAAAAAUUACAGAAUGGUUUGCUUAAAGCUUCGGUCUGUUGCUCGCCCAUGCCGUUUUUGGUGUUACAGGAUAUCUUGUUAAUAUUAUACGUCACGCUUUUUUGGUGUUGAAGCAAACUUGCACUUAUCAUUGUCUUUAUUGAAAACAGAUAUUUAGCUCAAUGAAGUAAUAUGCUCUUCCAUUUAGCACUUCA